ACUUAGUUACGCUUAGAAAUUUGUGUUUCUGGUGCAGUUGGUGAACGAAGCUUUGGAAACGUUGGGAAAGGUACGCAACCGUAAAAAUCAGUGAGAUUUUCACUUAAUACUCAAAGCAAUGGCGACGUUGCAGCGGCCUAAAGCAGUAAAGAGGUUAAGCUGGCAGGACUUGUCUCCUGACAGCCCGAGAAUUCAGUUAACAAGACGAAUCGUGCAGCUACAAGGAAACAAAACGUCUGCUGACAUUCUCGAACAAGCAAAGCAAAUAUGUAAUGAUUAUAUUGAAGCUAAACUUGAGCGCGAAGGCUUAAAAAAUCGAAGCUGGUCUUUCACUUUCUCCAAUUCAGCACCGCGUCAAGAGAGCGGUGAGAUGGUUUCUCAAGUAUCAAUCCGUGUGCGGGAAGUUGGUAGACUCCUUGAACAGAGCUAUCCCCGUUUAUACAGAGAUAUUUCUGGCCGUAUUAAUGUCCCUUUUAACAGCGAAAACACCGUUCAUGAUGUAUUUAAUAAUGUUUCGUCGGAAAUCUUGAGCGAUGGAUUAAACUGGGCGAGAAUUGUUGCUCUGUAUGCGUUCGCUGGUGCGCUCGUUGCUGAAUGUUGCAAAGAGGGUCGCAAUUCUUACGUGCUGGAAAUCGGAAACUGGAUGUACGAAUUUGCAGCUCUCUACAUGGUGGAUUGGAUCAAAAGUAAAGGUGGAUGGGAAGACCUCUUACGAGCUUUCCCGAGCUUAACACCGACUGGUUUGGGAACGUCGAUUGAUGUUCAAGCUACUCAGUGGUACAGUUGGUUUGUGAUGGCUGUUAGGGCGUGGUGUGAGACGGCUUUUGAGUUCCUGGAAUACUGCUUCAAAGCUUACAUGGAAAGAGUGCGGAAAAUGAAUACUGGCUCUCGUAAAAUAAGCCACUGAUAAAUAAAUAAAGAAAAUUAGAAAAAAUAGAAAUUUUUCGAAAAGGCCGAAUCAUGGAUGAUGGCUUUGAUAAUAAUUUACGGUUUAUUUUCUUAUCAAAAUUUCUAGAGUAUUGCGAAGUGAAAAUAAAAAAAAUCCUUUUUAAAUGUUAUUAACAAUAUUGACAGUGACCUGGUGGGUUGAUGUCAGAAAAGAAGCGUUCAUUGUGUUCAAGUCCCGACCUCCCGUGCAUCACUGUACGUCCCACAGAUCGUGAGCUGCGUUCAACGCCUCAGCUUCGUUCUUAAACUGCCACCCUUUCACCAUUUUAGGUAGGGUACCUAAACUGUGAGAGUUCUGUGUAUCGCAACAAAUAAUUCAACUUAAAUGGCAAGAUCUUUAAUCUCGUGCUUGAUUUAUAGACUCCCAGGAAUUAACCCCUAACGCUAAAAGCACCAAACGGACCUGUUCACCUUACAUUUUAGCGCGCCGGCGGAACUCUGAGAGCAAGGCAUACAGAAACGUGUGCUCUUCUUUCCCAGAGUUCUACGCGGCGUGUUAACAUCAGUUUGUUUUCUUCACUCAUUUUUUUUUAACUAGCGCAAUGGACUUCGCCGGAAAGGAACGACUGCUCGCGGUCUAGAACCGUAAGUUUCUCAGCGCGUUGCAACCAGCGAACAAUCACAAAUUGACAAUAUUUACAAGACUGCAUUAGUUGUAAUUGUUUAAUGAAGCAGGUUACAGUUGAUCCUUCAGAGUGAGUAAGGAUUUUAGUAUACUAAAUAGAAUGCCGUUCUUACAGAAGAAAGAAUUAAAAAAAUCCGCGCAAUCUCUCCUAUUCAAUUAAACUACGUUCCUCAAAA